AUGGCUGCUAGUCCUCCUCCAUAUAACCCCGUGCCGGUUGCGUACCAGGGAGGUGCCGGCGCGGUGCCAGUAUGGUUGAACAAAGGGGACAACGCAUGGCAAAUGGUAGCAGCCACACUCGUCGGCCUCCAAAGCGUGCCGGGUCUUGUUAUCCUGUACGGAAGCAUAGUAAAAAAGAAAUGGGCAGUGAACUCAGCUUUCAUGGCUCUCUACGCUUUUGCGGCGGUCGUAAUCUGCUGGGUGUCGUGGGCCUACAAGAUGUCGUUUGGGGACAAGCUCCUACCCUUCUGGGGCAAAGCUGGCCCUGCCUGUCUGGUUCAAGGAUGGGCCGCUAUAGUGAUGGGAGUUAUGUCAGGCAGUGUGCCCUGGUUCACCAUGAUGAUAGUGGACAAGAGGUGGAAACUGCUAUCCGCAGUUGACGACACCCUUGGUGUAGUUCACACCCACGCCGUGGCCGGGUUUCUUGGCGGCGUUUUAACGGGGCUUUUCACUGAGCCUGAACUAUGUGCACUCUUUUUGCCCGUCACAAACUCGCGUGGAGGCGUGUACGGAGGCUCAGGAGGAAUGCAAAUCCUCAAACAAAUUGUGGGAGCCCUAUUUAUCAUUGGAUGGAAUAUUAUGGUCACCUCAAUUAUUUGCCUAGUCUUACGUUGUAUAGUUCCGUUGCGCAUGCCGGAGGAACAGUUGCUGAUUGGGGAUGACGCAGUGCAUGGAGAAGAGGCAUAUGCAUUGUGGGGUGAUGGGGAGAAGUAUGAUGUUACUAGGCAUGAGCUUUGCUCCGAUGAUACGUCACAUGCUCAAAAAUAUCCAUCUAGUGGUGCCACUCAGGUGGUCUAA